CGGACGGUUUCGAUUGUGACACACAGCGGAAGUGGCGCCAUUGUUGUGUGUCGUGGCUGUGAGCGGCUGUGAGUGUGUUCUCUGGACUCUGCUGUAAUAUUCACUCAUUCAGCCGCGCUGGAAAGAGCUGCACUCAUCUGUACACACACUCGAGAUAUUCCACGGCCUGGAUAUGUCCUUCAUAUUUGAUUGGAUUUAUAGUGGUUUCAGUAGCGUUCUGCAGUUCCUGGGGCUGUACAAGAAGUCUGGUAAAUUAGUAUUCCUCGGUCUGGACAAUGCUGGUAAAACGACGCUGCUGCAUAUGCUCAAAGAUGACAGACUGGGUCAGCAUGUGCCAACCUUACACCCCACCUCAGAGGAGCUGACGAUUGCUGGCAUGACCUUCACCACGUUCGAUCUGGGUGGCCACGCUCAGGCUCGACGAGUGUGGAAGAACUACCUCCCAGCCAUCAACGGCAUCGUCUUCCUGGUGGACUGCGCCGAUCUCACCAGACUGGCCGAGUCCAAAACAGAGCUUGACGCACUAAUGACAGAUGAAACCAUUGGAAAUGUGCCCAUCUUGAUCCUCGGCAACAAGAUCGACAAACCUGAAGCCGUUAGUGAGGAGAAACUGCGCGAGAUCUUUGGACUGUACGGUCAGACGACGGGAAAGGGCAACGUUCCUCUCAAAGAGCUGAACACGAGACCCCUGGAGGUGUUCAUGUGCAGCGUGCUGAAGAGACAGGGCUACGGCGAGGGCUUCCGCUGGCUCUCACAGUACAUCGAUUAGAGGAAGAGGAAGAGGAAGCACCACGCUCAUCCCGCCUUCACAACCACGACUCCACUCACACAGACUGUUAUCCUUCAGUUCAUCGACUGGUUCUCACAUUGUUUCUUACCAAAACCACAAACCUGCAGUGAUUCUGCAAAUGUGGUCAAUUCCAAACAAUGAAUCUUCGCAUUGGCUUCGGUUUUAUUUACUCUGAAAUUUGAUGUUUUUUUUGUCCGUUGAUCUCUUUCUGUUCAUCAGGGAAUGAUUCUGCGUGUGUACUCACAGAAAUGUUCACAGCUUCUGAGUCAUUUGCGUCACAUACUUCAAACAGGAAGUGCUUUGACUUCUCUCCAGUGUUUCGUUUCCUGUCGUCAGGCUUUAAGAUGAAGUCGAGACUGUCUGUUAAUGUGCUGAUGUGGCCGUGUUGAAUUGCAUAUCUGUUUUUGUUCUCCCAAAAAAAUUAAAACAAUUGUACUGCCACAUUCAGAAAUUAAUUCCCAAAGCUACUGUAAACUGAAAUAGACCAAUAGUUGUUUCUCUUUUUUUAAUAUGAUUUGGAAUUGAAGACGGGCAUGGCAAUGAACCUCAGAGUAAUGUGUGAGUAUCAUUACUGGCCACAAGUGUCUGAUAAUUUGGGCGAGAGCAGAGCAUGCCUUCCACACAAACACACAUUAUUAUUAUAUUUAACUGCUAAUGACUAGUAACAUGAUGAUGGUGAAAAGUGGACACACAGAAGAUCGUGAUGUUUGAAGCUGUUCGAUAGCUUGCCUUGAACAGAAGGGUGCGAGUGAAAUAAGGACAGCUGUUAAUCAAUGACAUGGACAAAAUAUAAUUUAUGUAAAUGCCAUAUAUAGAUUUUUUUAAAGCUGUCCUUGGAUAGCUCUUAAUUUGAAUAACAUGAAUGAAAAAAAAAACAUGCAUGCCUUGUUCCAUGAUUAUUAUUAAUUUUUAUUAGUGUUUUUUUUUUUAAUAAACACAAAUAACAUAGUGUAAAACAUCUAAAACGGGGUGAGAUGCCAAGGGCGCAGUCUUCUAGGUCUAUUUCUAUGGAGUCGCAGUGGAAUGGCACAUAAAUGCAUUUUAUUUUCUGUACUGUCCUUCCAUGUAUCAUUGUCAUUCCAUGAGCUACGAGAGAUGCAGUUGUUUCCAUCAGAAAUUGUAAUAAAUAUUUGCAAUGAAAGCAA